AUGAUUUGCGCAUCCAAGAAAAACAAGAAAAAGGAAGUUCCGGGUGUGGCGAGACAUCCUCACGCCAAAGAACACCUCAAAGAACUGAUCACCACCAGCAACGGCGGUCGACUGGACGAAUAUGACGAAUUCUGGCCGGUUCGCUAUAGCCGAAUGAAAUUUUAUGGUGCGGAUGUACCACCGGAAACUCCGAAAAAGCGCCAAGUCCGCCAGAUUUGCAUUUUCAUUGACACCCCAACACGAUCCAUCCUCGCUUCAAUAGAGCCGGAACCAAUUUUUGGCAAUCCCAAGCGCCGCGCCAAGUUUUGCAAGCCGUUAUGGGAGAAUAGGAAUAUGGCAUUUGGAUUGACCCGAAGAUUGGCCGGUGCUUGGCAGACUAGGCAUAUCAUUGCGAACAAGCAGAUGCUGGCCGUCUCCACCCAAAUCCAGUUCAACUCCACUAUUCGGCGCAAUCCAGAGAUGAUUCUCUACUACGAUUUUGGGAUUUUGGAAGAUUUAGGGAGUGCCGAAUUUGGUUGCAGACACCGGAAUGAGAGUCAAUGGGACUUUAUCUUCGACUCUUCGCCUCUGCAGUGGCCAUAUUUCCAGGGUUGCUCGCCAGCUAUCCAGAUCCGGGAGAAAUCG